AUGAACAGCCAAGGGGAGAGAAAUUUCUUUUACAGGCCUUUCUAUAUUAACGAAGAACCGUACUCUGUAUGGCAACCAGAAGAGUCCCUUGCAUCGACUGAAAGAAGGGUUGCUGAACAUGGCUCCUGCACUCUGAACAUCGACACGUCGUCUGAGUCACGGAGCAUAUUGGAGCCUCUAUUGCCACCAGAAGUGGAGGGAAGCGACAUGUCGUUGCCAUCAGAAGUGGAGGGAAACGACAUGUCGGCUAAGUCAUGGAGGAUAAAUCUGGAAGACUACUUCCCUGCAUUGACUGAAAGCAGGGAUGCUGAACAUGGCUCCUGCACUCUGUGCCGCCUUCUUCGUACCCCAAUAUGCAAACAAUGCAAAGUUUAUGAUUACUACAAGAAACUAGAAAGGCAACUUGAAGGGUAUACUGAGAUGGAGACCAUGCUUGAACGUGAUCUUGAAAAUCCAGCAGAGGAGGAUGAGAUGAAGCUAAAGCGUGAGAGGAUGGCUAUCCUUGUGACAAACAUAGCUAGCAUCGUGCUUUGUGCAUUAAUGGUUUUUGCUUCUAUUGAGAGCAAAUCAUUUUCAAUUAUUGCCUCAAUCUUGGAUCCAUUCUUUGAUCUCUUGUGGGGAUUUAUAUUGUGGCUUACGUCUCAUGCUAUGCAAAACCCAAACCAACAUAAGUAUCCAAUUGGAAUGAAACGGUUGCAGCCAGUGGGAAUGAUUGUUUUUGGAUCUUUUGGAUUACAAUUACUGUUUCUGGCAGCUAAACAAUUCAUUACAAAGUCCGAGCCUGAAAAGGAUCCUCAGAAGGAGAAAUGGAUGAUUGGAGUAAUGACCUUUGUAACUAUGGUGCAGUUUAUGCUCGCAUUCUAUUGUCGAAGAUUUGAAAAUAAAAUUGUUAGAGCCUAUGCAGAACAUCAUUCUUCCAACGUUAAAACUAAUUUAAUUAGUUUGGCAGCAGCUGUCCUGGCUAUUCGAUAUUAUUGGUGGAUUGAUCCUACUGGAGCUAUUAUAAUACUAUUAUAUACAAUGAAUACAUGGAAGAAGACGUUCAUUGAGAAUUUUUUUGCCCUAAUUGGAAGGACAGCACCACCUGAAUUUUUGGCAAAGCUGACAGUUCUGAUAUGGAACCACCAUAAAGAUAUCGAGCACAUUGACACAGUAAAAGCAUACGCACAUGGUUCUGAUCAUUAUAUUGUGGAGGUUGACAUAGUUUUGCCACAAGACAUGGUUCUCAGAGAAACACAUGAUAUUGGUGAGACACUGCAAGUGAAGCUGGAGCAACUGCCUGAAGUUGAAAGAGCUUUUGUGCAUAUAGAUUAUGAGUAUACUCACAAGCCUGAACACAAGACCACGGUUUGAUGACAAUGAUCUCACACAAUCUCUCU